AUGUGUGUGCACUGCGAACUGAUAUUCAGUGAGAAAACCUCUUACUAUUUACACAUGGGUCUACACAACAUUAACGACCCCUGGCAAUGUAACUUGUGUGGUCUGAAAUGUAGCGACAGUCAAUCGUUCUCAUCUCAUGUGAUGCAUUAUUAG